AUGGAAGGCUACCUGCUGGUCUUUGACGAUCCGUACUCGAUCACAAAGGCAGCCAACAUUCGGUACCUCGUGCUCACUGAGGGCACUCUGUCGCUGUACACCCCACCGCCGUCCAAGGCCCACGUGCGGUCCAUCUCCCUCUCACAGCGCCGCCUCCAGCUGGUUGCGAUGCCCCAUUUACAUCUCUUUCGGCUGACGAUGGACGGCGACGCGGCGCCGCUCCUGUGUCUUGCGAGCUCCAAGGCGUUUAUGGACCUCUGGUGCCUCCAUUUGCAGAAUUGGAACCGGUUUUGCUUUCACACGCCGGUCGCCUGCGGAGUCGACGACGCCGAGCGCGACAAGCUCCGGGACGCGUGGACCAACCACUUGCUUUGCGAAGAAAAGAGCUUUGUCCGCGACCAGUUGCGCGGCGGCGUAGCGCCCAAACCGUCGUUUCUCCAGCGUUUACGGUCACCGGCUGCGUGGCUCUAGCGUCGUUGAUCGCGGGCGUUGACGGUAUGCUCCAACGGCAUCCGAGACGAUGACGACACGUGCGAAGGCCCCGUCGGCGGCAGCAGAUUUUGGAACGACGUAGAGAAGACAGCGCGUCGAUGUGUGGACCGUCCAGGGACCAGGUCCUAACCAGAUAGUCAAAGGC